GUCAGGUCGGACGUUGGCAUAGAGUGAAACAAACAUGGCGACAGACUCGAGUGGACUGGGCUUUCCUCUCACUUUAUUCGUGUUUUUGUGCGUGUUGGCGGGACGGGAGGCCGAGGCGGCGGCUCAGGAGUCCAAGGGCGGCACUCAGAUACUUGGGAUGCGGCUGGAGAGGAGCGACAAGCCGGCCGGGAUCACCAACGAGGGGAUGAUUCAGGUGACCGAGGGCAGCCUGAGCGUCUUCAGGUUCUACGGGACUCACUUGUUACCCAACAGCUCGGAGCUCAUCAGGUUCGCCGAACUGGAUGAAGACGAGGACGAGUCUCUGAACAGGACUUGUCCCGAACACUCAAACGGUAUGUUGGUGAAGGGGCGCAUGCAGGUAAACCUCCGUAACAACGCCGGGGUUGUCAACAUCACCGUGAACAAGCUUCGGAAAAACGAAGACAAGAAAGUGUUCGGAUUGUGCAUCCUCCACCCCCAGGAGAGCAGAUGGUUACUGCAGGAAGAGGAUGAGUUAAAAGUCCUGGUGGUGGAGGAGGAGAGCACGUCCCUGCUGCCCGUGUGGCUGGAGGUGAUCCUCAUCUGCUGCCUGUUGGUGCUGUCUGGGAUGUUCAGCGGGCUCAACCUGGGGCUGAUGGCGCUGGACCCCAUGGAGCUGCGCAUCGUGCAGAGCUGCGGCACGGACAAGGAGAAGAAGUGGGCCAGGAAGAUCGAGCCCAUCCGCAGGAAGGGCAACUACCUGCUGUGCUCGCUGCUGCUCGGGAACGUCCUGGUGAACACCACCCUCACUAUCCUGCUGGACGACCUCACCAAGUCCGGACUGGGAGCUGUGGUCGCCUCCACCGUCGGCAUCGUGAUCUUUGGAGAGAUUGUGCCCCAGGCGCUGUGCUCCAGACACGGCCUGGCAGUGGGUGCCAACACCAUCCUGCUCACCAAGCUCUUCAUGCUGCUCACCUUCCCCUUGUCCUGGCCCAUUAGCAAGAUCCUGGACUGCGUUUUGGGCCAGGAGAUCGGAACUGUAUACAACCGGGAGAAGCUGGUGGAAAUGCUGAAAGUGACCGAACCCUACAACGACCUGGUGAAAGAGGAGCUCAACAUGAUCCAAGGCGCCCUGGAGCUCCGGACCAAAACGGUGGAGGACAUCAUGACGCCUCUGGGCAACUGCUUCAUGAUCAGCAGCGACGCGGUGCUGGACUUCAACACCAUGUCGGAGAUCAUGGAGAGCGGAUACACACGGAUACCCGUCUACGAGCACGAGCAGUCCAACAUCGUGGACAUCCUCUUCGUCAAAGACCUGGCCUUCGUGGACCCGGACGACUGCACCACGCUGAAGACCAUCACCAAGUUCUACAACCACUCGGUCCACUUCGUCUUCCAUGACACCAAGCUGGACGCCAUGUUGGAGGAGUUUAAGAAAGGAAAGUCCCACCUUGCCAUCGUCCAGAAGGUGAACAACGAGGGCGAGGGAGAUCCGUUCUACGAAGUGCUGGGCUUGGUCACGCUAGAAGACGUGAUCGAGGAGAUAAUUAAAUCAGAGAUUCUGGACGAAUCCGACCUCUACACUGACAAUCGCACCAGGAGGAAAGUUGCACCUGAUAAGAACAAGAGAGACUUUUCUGCCUUCAAACACGAGAGCGAAUCGAAGGUGAAGAUCUCUCCUCAGCUGCUGCUGGCCGCGCAUCGCUUCCUGGCCACAGAAGUGAGCUUGUUCAGUCCAGCUCAGAUCUCUGAGAAGGUGCUGCUGCGGAUCCUCCGCCAUCCUGAUGUCAUCCAGGAGAUCAAGUUCAACGAAAACGACAAGCGAUCGCAUCGUCACUACAUCUAUCAGAGAGGCAAGCCGGUCGACUACUUCAUCCUCAUCCUGCAGGGUCGAGUGGAGGUGGAGGCCGGAAACGAGAACAUGAAGUUUGAAGCCGGAGCUUUUUCGUAUUAUGGCGUCAUGGCGCUCAGUGCGUCCACUCUGGUGGCCGCGCCGCGCCCUCGCCUCCUCUCCUUUAAGAGAUUUUCUCUGUUCUCUCGGUUGCCAGGUAAAACAGUUUCCUAUGACUCACUGAGGCCCCCUGCUGGACGACUCACACCAACCGUAGAGUUUCACUCGCCGUCUCACCUCAGCGGGUUGAACCGGACGGCGUCUCUGAGCGGAGCGGACCGGACCGACUCCCUGGCCGUGAGUGGGAGCACCAGCCAGCUCAACAGCAGCAUGGCGUCGCAGCACUACACCCCCGACUUCAACGUCCGGGCGCUCACCGACCUGCAGUUCGUCAAGAUCACACGCUCACAGUACCAGAACGGCCUGAUUGCGUCUCGCCUGGACAGCACGCCUCAGUCCCCAGAGAGCUCCCACUACUCGCAGGAGGAGACCACUCCCCCGGCAAACAUCACCAUCACGGACCUGGGAGCAGACUCCGCCCUCAUGGAGAACGGCCCCGACGAGAAGACGCUGCUGCUGCUGCUGAACGAGCAGACGCCGACGCCGAACCACCAUCACAACCACCUGGACAACAACGUCUGACCCCGAGCUUCCCCUCCCCUACAGGGGGGGGCGCUGUCAGCACCAAACACACCUUAAAGUCCCAAAGAGACAAGCCAUGCGCGCAUAUCAUGUAAAUAUGCGGGAAUUCAAAAUACCAAACAGACACGAUGAGUCAAAACAUUACAACCACUUAAAACUGCUGAUCUGGAUUGUUUUAGUUCUUUCAGAUUGAAAAUAGAAGAGUUUUAUAUCAAUAAUUCAGCAAGAAAGAGAAGUAAGACACACCCAGAAACCUAAAAUAAUACCUGUUAGAUCUUAUAUUUAAUGCUGUAAAUCAGCAUCAGGAUUAAUUUUCCCUCAAAAACACAAAAUAUUAAUUAUCUUAUGUAGAUUUGGGUGUAAAGGAGCCGAUUAUUAGUCAAUAAUUCCUUAAUAUUUAUGAAAAAUAGUAAUACUACUGGCAAAUUGUUUUGAUUUAAGACAAGACGUUUCCCUCAUAAAUAAAAUAAUCUGCCAGUGGAACGAGGGUUUCUUUUUAAAAUCGGGAUUAAGGAAUUAUUUACUAAAAAUAAUCUCCCGUUUCUUGCUGAAAAGUUACUUGUAAGUUAUUUUUGUCUCUUUUCAUGUGAACUAAGAUAAAACAUCUGGAUCUCUUGAGUUAUUUUAACUGAACUAAUAUCAGUGAAAUUGUGUGAUUUCAUAUUUAAAGCUGUAAUAUCCAUCAAAUCAGCAACAGGAUUUAUUUGCACUGCAUAAACAAACUUAUACCAAGUACUUUUUUUGUCUAUUUUCUAGAGAAAAUAGACUAAAAAAUUAGGUGUCUUAAUAUCUUAGUACACCCGAAAUAAAAUAAAUUAACUAGAAGUAACUUUCAGCACAAUAUAGGAGCUUGUCUUAAGUUCAUAAUUCCUUAAUAUUUAUUUUUAAAAAGUACUUAUUCCAUUGGCAGAUUAUUUCGCUUAUAACAAAACAUGUUCCCCAAAUUUUAAGUGAAAUAUUUUACCAGUGGAACUUGUAAUUUUUCACCAAUAUUAAGUAUUUAUAAACAAAAAGCAUGCGCCUAUUUCUUGCUGAAAAGCUAUUUGUAACUUCAUUUACUGUAUUUCAACAAUGCCAAUAUAUUAACAAUAGAAAAUACACCAAAAAAUGCUCGAUAAUAUUUAGGGGGGUUUUUUUCAGUGUGGAUGCAGUUGAAGUCUGUAAUCUCCUCAAAAAGUCAUUUUUCUCUGAAGCACCUUGAAUGAAACGUAAAUUUCCCUGUUUUAAUGCGGUUUUAGCCAAGCGGUUUGGAAUAAAUUUGUUUUGUGGAUUUCUGCUGUAAAGUUUUGGCUCAUCGUGAAGAAAACCCACCAAAAGUGUAUUUUGCCACAACCAUGCAAGCAGGGUGAACACCCAGCGGCCGUCUGUGGAAUCCAGGAAGUUAACCUUUUCACCCCGUCAUGGCUGCCAGCACCGUCAUGGCCGCCGUCAUGGCCGCCGGUUUCCAUGUUGCUUCCAGUUCAGAGACUCAGGGAGACUCCGCCCUCCUGCCUCCACCAAUCCCGUAUCGGAGAGCUGUGAACCAAUGGCGUCGCAGCCUGUGUAGCAGUCUGAUCCACCUCCACCAAUCAGCAACCAGAAGACAGAGAGGACCCGUCGGAGUUCAGACAAAGUAAUAUAUGUUCCAUAGAGAUUUCUAAUCGCAUAUUUAUUGAUGAACUUUUAUGUUUUCUUGGCAACGCCGGAGGAGCUGCGAUGGGAGUUUCAUCCUCGUUUUGUCUUUUGUUUCCGGUGACUAACCAAGAGCCUUUAUAUCCUGAAGUUGUGAAGAGAUUCACACUGAUUGACAGCCAGUCUGUAUUUUGAUUAAGACAAUCAACAUAAAUGAAGUGAAUGUUUUAUGAAAUGUGUAGGGUACGUUAACCAUGGCUGCUCUUGUCUCUGUGAAAUCUUUGAUUAUUUUGUUUUAAAGCUGAAUUCAGGCUAAAUCCACAGAAAUCAGGUGCCGGUUUUCACAGAGAGGAGUCGGCCUGAGAGCUAAGAGACUUCUUUUGGAAAGUCUCUUCUUUCCAAAAGAAGAGAUUCCUUCUUUUGGAAAGAGCGGGGACUUUUCUUUUGUUUUUUGUAUACCUGUGUGUGAGAGCAUGUGUGUGUGUGUGUGCGCGCGUGUGUGUGUGACCAAAAAUGGGGAUCCCUCAGUGGGAUCAGAACCAAAAAAGGGAUGCUGCGUCACCUCCUAAGAAAGUACUUUAUUUAUUUACCUAAAUACUUGUAUAUAUAUUUGCCGUUGAGGCACAACAAGUGUAAUUUUUUUUGCAAUGAUUUGCAUUUAUUGUUUGGGAUUUUUUGUUUUUAAAUCGAGGACUGUGGGAUGAUUACAUGGAACCACGAAGUUGAAACACUCAGCUGCAUCGCGUCACUUUCAUGUUCAACUGUUCUGUACAUUUAUCAUCAGUGCUUUAUUUGUUUUCAAUUUGAGCUGCAUACACUCCAGUUAUAUUUUACUGUAACUUCCAAAGAGAUUUUAAGGAGAAUCAAUCAUAAAACUGAUAUAAUUA